CACCUUCGCAAAUCACCUUCACCUUCGAAUUAAUUGUUGAAAACCCUAACCCUAACACACCCACACACUCACACUCAUUCUCACCAUCACUCACCACUGCCACCACGCCCCCCUUUCACACACACACACCCAGAUCUGAGAGAAAGAGUGAACCAGAGGGAGGAGAGGAGGGAGACGGAGAUGAGAGAGCGCGAUCGAGAGAAUAGAGAGUGAGAGGGGGUCACCGCCGCAACGUCGCUGCAGCCGCCGCCAUUGCCGUCGCGGAGCAGGGAGCCCGGAGGGGAGAGAGAGACGAUUUGCAGACGAGAUGGAGAGAGAGGACGAAGAUGCGACGCAAGAGAGGAGGCUGUUCCGCCGUGCACUGUCGUCGCUCCUGGGGUCGAUUGAAGCCGCCGCCGCAGCUAGGGCUUGCUGUGCUCCUGCAACAAUAUAUUUUAGAAGUUGUAUUGGACUGGAAGAGAGGGAAGGGGAGCGUUUGAACUUUCAAUUUCAUUAAUUUUUGCUGAAUUUCUGUGCCUGUGGGUGAAUACUGGAUUGUGAGGGAUGGUUAGGAUUGUGAAUACAGAAGUUUGGACCUCUUCAUAUAUGGGAACAAUGCUGAUCGAUUCCUGAAUUGGAGCACUAGGUUCCAAAUUGUUCUAGGCGUGGCAAGGGGAUUGCAGUACCUUCAUGAGGAUUCACAUCUAAGAAUUGUUCACCGAGACAUCAAGGCAAGCAACAUUCUUCUUGAUCAUAAGUUUCAUCCCAAGAUUGGAGACUUUGGCCUUGCCAGGUUCUUCCCUGAAGACCAAGCUUAUCUUAGCACACAAUUCGCUGGAACAUUGUUUAGUUAUUAAGUAAUUGAGCUGAGCUGUAAGUUUGACAAAUGAAAUGGUUUCCUGCCAGCGCCAAAAGGGCUGUUUUCGCCGGAGCCAGAACAUUAUCGAGGACCAAAGCUGAAAGUUGCCAUCCUUGGAGCUGGGCUUUCUGGCAUGUCAACUACACUGGAACUCUUGGAUCAAGGACACGAGUCCCAGAAGAAUACACAGGUGUUGCAAAAGCUGAUUUUCUGAUAAAGGUUGAAGACUUCUUUAGGUACUUUUUCUCAGAUGAUGCUGUAAACUUCCAUGAGUCUUUCCAUAAAAGAUGUGGUGAUAAAGACUUCAAGUGUAGUUUAUGGCGUCCUCAAGAGAAAUUUGGGUAUGCUCGUGAACUAUCUUUCAACAUCCAAUAAGACUUUAUCUUGGUAUG